UCUCCUCUCUGUCUCUCUCUCUCUCGCGCUCUCUCUUUCUCUCUUUCUCUUCAUCUCGCUUUCUCUUCCUCUCUCUUUCUCUUCCUCCCUCCAUCAGUCCCUCUUUCUCUCUCUGUCUUCCUCAAUCCCCCCCUCUCUCCCACUGUCCCUCUCUCUCUGUCUUUCUCUCUCCCUCUAUCCCUCUCUCUUUCUCUCCAAACAUCCUUCUCUCUCUUCCUACCUUUGUGUCUCUCUCUCUCUCUCUCUCUCUCUCUCUCUCUCUCUCUCUCUCUCUCUCUUUUUUGUUAAUAGGAAAAACAUGUCCUGUGGAUACAAAGGUGUAAUUACAGGACAGACGUGUCUUUUAGGAUCAGUGAGGAUGAGGGUGGGGGAGGCGAAGAGGAGACGAGACAAAGGAAAGAAAUAGUUGACACGAGGUGAGGAAAGGAGGGAAUUACAUAAGAAGAGGAGACGAGGAGAGGUAGUUUAGUGAGGAGGGAACGAAAGGAAAGAAAGAGAGGAGAUAGGAAGUGGAAAAGGAACAAGGACAGGAAAAGAGGAAAGAAAAAUGAAGGGAUCGAACACAUUAAAGGCUUCAGAGUUUAUCUGGAGGACAAGAAUCCAGAAGGGAAACAGUGUCAACAUCUCAUCCUCAAAGAUCCACGACAACUCAACUUCUCUCACAAGAGCACGAAGCUGAGCAGUCAGCCGUUCGGCGGUUUGACUUUCGACACCGACUACAUGGUUCGUGUUGUUCCUUUCCCGACUCUGAUGAACGAGAGUUUCUUCCCUCCAUCGUUCCUCAGGACCAACUCGUGUGAAGUCCUCCUGGGAUCAGACAACUUAGUCUGCAAACCAUUCUGGAAGCCGAAGACCCUGAACGUGUCUCAGCUGGGCUCCAACCUGCACGUGGCCUUCGACCAGGCGCCGGCCUCCUUCGGCUUCCACUUCUACAACCUGUACUACAAGCUGAGGCACGACGGGCCUUUCAGGCUGCAGCGCUGCAAACCAGACGUGAACCAGCUCAAAACUACAUGUAUCCUCCAGAACGUCACUCCAGGAACCUACACUGUAGAGCUGAGAGACGACGGGAACACGACCAGGAGACAGACGCAGUACUACGUCAGCCAGGCCCACUCCGCCUGGGCGGGGCCUAUCCGUGCCAUGGCCAUCACGGUGCCUCUGGUCUUAAUGUCCGCCUUCGCCACGCUCUUCACUGUCAUGUGUCGCAAGAAACAGCAGGAAAACAUCUACAGCCAGCUGGACGAGGAGAGCAGCGAGUCGUCCAAUCAGAGCGCGGCGUUGAGCCCGGAGCGGCCGUGGCCUCGACCCAAAGUCUUCAUCUGUUACUCCAACAGAGACAGCCCCAAGCACACCAGCGUCAUCCAGAGCUUCGCCUACUUCCUGCAGGACUUCUGCAACUGUGAGGUUGUGUUGGACCUGUGGGAACAUCUGGAGAUGUGUAAGGAGGGUCAGAUGUCGUGGCUCAGCCGCCAGCUGGACGACGCCAACUACAUCAUCACCGUCUGCUCCAAAGGCCUCCGAUACUAUGUGGAGAAGAAGAGUCGCAGAGGGAAGACGCCGGUCAGUCGCCGCACCACCAGUAGCAGCAGCAGCGCCCCGGUCUGUGGUUCUGGCAGUGACCUGUUCACGGUGGGCGUGGCCAUGGUCGCCGAAAAGCUGCGCAUGGCGAAGCAGAGUGAGGGCGGGGGGGCUCAGGAGCUGAACCGCUACAUGGCGGUGUACUUCGACUACUCCACAGAAAACGACAUCCCCACCAUGUUGAGUCUGGCUCCCAGGUUCAAGCUGAUGGACCAGCUGCCUCAGCUCUUCAGUCGCCUCCACUCCGGUCAGUCCAGCCUGACCGACCGGGAGCAGCAGCCGGUCAACGUCUCCAGGAGGAACUACUUCAGGAGCAAGUCUGGACGCUCGCUCUACGUCUCCAUCUGCAACAUGCACCAGCACAUCAGCCAGAACCCCGACUGGUUCGAGAAGCAGCUGGCUCCUGCCGCGGCCUCCUCGGCCUCAUCCGGGGCUUCUCCCAAACAUUCUCCUCUCCCCACCGUCCCGGGUUCCAGUCCUCCGAAGACUCCCUGCUCCUCCUCCUCCUCCUCGCCGCCGCCCGAGCGGAGGUUUGACUCCGGUUUGGUGCUGAACGAGGUGGCGGUGAGGACGCCGCCGCUCGAGGGCAGGAAUGGAGUCCCGAAAAGGAACAUGCUCCUGCUGGCUCCUGGCUCCAGUCCCAGUCUCAAUCUCAGCUCCAGUCCUAGUCCUAGUCCUGGUCUUUGCCCCAGUCCUGGUCUCUGUCCCAGUCCAGGUCUGCCACACGGCUCUGGUUCCCUGCUGGGACCCACCUCAAGGUCCAGCUCUGGAGUGUCUGGACUUUCCCCUGAAGAAUCCUCCACCUCCUCCUCUGCUCCGUCCAUCCUGCAGGAGGGGCUGUUUCCUGGCUCCACCCAGGAAGAAGAAGAAGGCCACCCCACCCCUCCAGAGCUCCCCCCUCCUCGGGAUUCCGGCAUCUACGAUUCGUCGGUCCCUUCGUCGGAGCUGUCCAUUCCCCUGAUGGAGGGACUGUCACAUGACCAGGCCGACUCCUCCUCCGUGGCCGACAGUGAAUCAUCCUCUUCGGGCCUGGGUGACGAGGAGCCGUCGGUCCUCACGUCGCUCCACUGCAGCUCGGCCACAGUGUGUAAAGCGGAGCUGCACCACCACCACCACCACCUGGAGCACGGUGAGGGACUCGCUCCUGUGGCGUCACUGUAGGAGGACGCCUCCCGGCCAAUCACAAGAGGACCCGCUCCGUGUUGGUCUCAGACUUGAACCCUUUCACCUAAGAGCUGUCAUCUGAUCAUCGUGGAAACAAAAACUGGAAUAAUUUAAAGUCCACUUGGAGUUCCUCCUGUUCUUUCAUCAUCGGAAACUGUCCCGUUAUAAAACACAUCUAAAGUACUCAACCCUUGGG